AUUCACCUGCGCCGACGACGAUUCCGCAGUUGUAUCUCGCGGACGCGCCAGUAACAGACGCCAUCUUUGAAGCGGUUUUUUUUAUAAUUCGAACUUUAUUUUUUUUAAGUGUGUGUUGUCAACGGUGACGGAUCUUUUUACGCUGUUCGUUGGAGAUAUAACUAUCAAAAUGUUAUCCAGGCAUCAUUGGACGGGACUCGUUGUUCUGCUAGCGGCCACCUUCGCAUCAUGUGCCCAAAUCGAGGACCCCUGCAAAACGAAAUCAAGAAUAGUGGCUGAUGACAAGUACUGUGAUAAAUACUGGGAGUGUGAGAAUGGACAGUCCGUCCAGUAUGACUGUCCUAACGGGCUGGUCUUCGCUGGCAAGCACCGAGGAGUGACGGAGGGAUGUGACUACCCGUGGAGGUCCAACUACUGCGAGUAUCCUAAGGUUCAGAUCAAUCCUCCUAUCGGCUCGGAGCACUGCGACUGGCUGUACGGCAUCUUCGGACACGAGACCUCUUGCACCAGGUACUGGACCUGCUGGAACGGAACCGCCACGGAACAGCUCUGCAUUGGAGGUCUGCUGUACAAUGAGAACGCCCACUCCUGCGACUGGCCAGAGAAUGUUGAUGGUUGCCAGAAACAUCCUCUCUGCAAUGACGACCCCAACGGAAACGUGCCCCUAGGCAAGUCCUGCAACCGCUACUGGCAGUGCCAAGGAGGAUACCCUCGUCUGCAGAGGUGUCCCGCUAUGUUGGUCUUCGACAGACGGUCCCUGAGGUGUGUGGUGCCUCCCACCGAGGAGUGUGACGUGCCCACCACGACCGCACCACCACCAGAAGAAGAGAGCCAGCAGGAUUUGAGACAGGGUCAGCAGCACAAGAGACCAAACGGAGAGUACCAGGAGCAGAACCGCCCCAGACAACAACCUAGAAAUUAAGUCACCGUCCUCUAGAAUCUUCUAGAUAACCUUUCUCAUUCCCAACUCUCCCUCUUUCACCUCGAAAGUCUUUCCCACCAUCUCCUUCUCCAUUAGAAGUAAUUUAUACUUCAUUGUUUUUGUAAUUAGUCAUGUAGUUAAUUUAGAAACUAGGUUUAAGAUUAAAAUACUGCCUUGAAACUAAUAUAAUACUCAGGAAGAAAUUCCAGUGACGUCUUCAAAUCGGAUUACAUUGUCGUGGCUUUCGAUCUAUUUUAAUAUAAUAGAUAUGACAAUGGAGAUCUUCCAGCAUUUUAGAAUUUUAAGCACUUAUUUCAUAAACGAAAAUUAAUUAUAUUAAUCGCAUAUUUGUCUAUUCUUUCUUUAGCACAGAUGAUUAUCUGUUUGAUGGACUGAAGAAGAAUGCACCAACACGUUUUCCGUUUUAUUUUCUGUGUAAUCUUAAUGUAUGUAUUAUAAAAAUGUAUCGAAUAAAUCGAAUACUGUCAUCGACAUCAUAACCAAACGAUUAUAUUUUUAUUGUUAAGUUUCGAGCCACGAUGGUCGAACCCGACUGUAUUAAAUUCUUAUUCUUAGUCAAUAUUUAUACUCGUAAGUUCAUAUUGUUCUUAAUAAUAGUCAAUAAAAAUAUUAUUUACUUAUU